CAGUUAAUGAAAAUCGACGUAUGACAAGGAAUCUCAAUGUCCUACUCUGAUUAAAAUUGGUCAUUGUUUUGAUAUAUAUACUACCCAUUAAUUCAUUAACAUUCAUUCAGUCCAAAAAAAUUAGACAGUGCAUAAUAUUAAAGGAUAACAACCAUUCAUUUGUUUAAUUUAAAUAUUUUCAACAAUAAAGUUAUUGGAAUAUUUACCAUGGAGUUCUUCAGUUACAGUACAGUAAUUGCAUUUUUUACAACACUUGUUAUUUUGUUGACAGCAUUGUACUUCUAUGCUCGUUACAAGUUAACUUAUUGGACUCGACAUGGAAUUGAACAAUUACCAAACCCUCAUAUCAUCUUUGGUCACGUCAAGGAUGCUAUGCUGUUUCGUACAGCUCCAGGACUUCAUAUGGGUCAACUUUAUCAAUCAGCUAGGCCUGAUGCACCAUUCGUUGGUUUUUAUAUCUUCCACAAGCCUUGUCUACUCAUCAGAGAUCCAGAGGUAGCUAAGCAAAUGUUUGUAUCAGAUUUUGAUGUGUUCAGUGAUCGACACUUUGCUGGAGCUGCACAGAAAGAUAGUUUUGGAAUGUUAAAUCUCUUUGGAUUGAAAAAUCCAGCAUGGAAAUUUUUGAGGUCAAAGAUUACGCCUAUUUUAACGAAAGGAAAGUUGAAGCAAAUGUAUCCUCUGUUAGUUGAAACUUCUGAACCCAUGAUGAAGUUCUUGAAGGAUGGAGUUGAAAAGAAAGAACAAGAAGUGAAGAAGGUUGAUCUUCGAGAUUUGCUUAGUAAAUAUACUAUUGAUUUAACUGCUAAUGUUGGUCUUGGAACUAAAACCGAUUCUUUCCACAAUCCUAAUAAUGUUUUUACUGAAGAAAUCUUAAAUAUGUAUCACGGUACAGAUCGAAUGAGAGCUUUAAUCACCGUCUUCUUUAUCCCAGAAAUCGUUAAAUAUGGUGGUUCACUUUUAUUAUACAAAUUGAAGUAUGCUAAACAAAUAUUUUGGGAAGCACUUCAAUCUCGAGAAAAAAGUGGUGCAACAAGGGGUGAUUUUAUCGAUGCAUUGGUGAGCAUGAAAAACGGCGAACAAAACCCAAUUUACAAAUUUGAAGGAAACAACUUAUUAUCUCAAGCAGGAAUAUUUUUCUCUGGUUUGGAAUCAGCUUCAAGCACAUCAUCAUUCACUUUAAUGGAGUUAGCAAGAAAUCCAGAGUACCAAAAACUUGCAAGAGCAGAAAUUAGAGAAAUCAUUGGUAAACAUGGAUGGACUGUAGAAGCGUUCGAGAAAAUGAAGUUUGUAGAUCAAUGUAUUUACGAAGGAGUAAGAAUGCAUCCACCAGCAACUAUGCUUGAUCGAGUGGCUCGACGAGAUUAUCAGAUUCCAAAUACUGACUUUAUAUUAAAAAAAGGAACACCAAUAUUUAUUUCUUUGUAUGGCAUGCAUUCAAAUGAAACAUACUUUCCUGAGCCUGAAGUUUACAAUCCAGAUCGUUUUAGUGAUAACCAGAAGCCUGAUGCUUUUAUGGGAUUUGGAAUCGGACCAAGGAUGUGUGUCGGUGUGAAAAUGGGAAUGUUGUAUACAAAACUAGUCAUUUCCAAAAUAUUGACAAGAUAUGACAUUUAUCAGCCAUUAGAAGAAAAAGUUGAAUUAGAUAAACGAGGGACGUUGAGUAUCAUCGCAGGAGGGAUCAAUGUCCAGUACAUACCACUUGAUGAUCAACUUGAUGACAACAAUAACGUUGCAAUCGAUGUAUAAAAUGAAAACACUAAUGCAUUUAAGAACUAAAAGUCAAUUAAGUUCUGACUAGUGCUAAUAUCUGUGAUAAUGGAAAUUUUUUUAAAUAAUUUAUUUAU